GCCCGAUCGCUCUGGACAAACGACCAGCAACAACCAGCAACAGCCAGCAACAACCAGCAACGACCUCUGGGAGCAGCAAUGUCAGACAGAAAAAGCAGGGGUCAUCCGACGAUCCAGGGGAGCUUUGUUCACACCGAUCGGCUCGAGGGCUCGGCCCCAGAGCAAGGCGGGCUCAUCAUCCGCAAAAAAGCUGCCCCCGACGCAUCCGAGCAUGUAUUUAAGCAGCCGCAGCCCCGGGCCUCUGCUUUGGGGCUUGAUACCCUUGCAAAUCAGAAGAGGCUUGAGCGUGAGCAGCAAGGCGCCAACUCGGAUGCUCAAAAGCGUCUCCGACUCGAUUCAACCGACGAAGCACGAGAGUCUCGGUCGGAACAUCCCUCACGAUCGACACGGUAUCGCGUACCCAAACCCGAGACUCCGUCGUAUGGAGGAGGUGUUUCCGAGGUCGCCAGGGAGCGUUGGGUGGAUCGGGAACGUCGUCGAGCGGGCGGUCUCCAUCGCCCAUCCAAAGACGGCCGGAAUUCAGCCCCUGUGCAGCCACCAACGCCAUCAAGCAGCAGAUCCAGCGGUGGAUGGGACGCCACUCCUUCCAGAUCGUUGGGAGGAAUGACCCCACGAAGUAAGAUCAGCUCAACCACAGCAUCAACCUCAAAAUACUCGUCGUGGGACCUCACCACUCCGAAGCACUCCACCGGCUAUGAGGAUGCGGGUCCGCUUGCAUCCUCGCAUGAGGAACUUGCUGACUGGGAUGGAGAGCAGCAGCGCCUCGAUCGCGAGUGGUACAAUCAAGAGGAAGGAGGGGCUGCCGAUGACUACCACAAUCCAUUCCGCGAUUAUGAGGAUUACUACCGCAAGAAAGAGGAGGAACUCACAAAGCAGCAAGUGAAAAAAAUAUCAGCGCGACAGGCCCAAUACAACAGAGACAACGAUAUGUGGGAAACGAACCGCAUGCUUACGAGUGGCGUCGUCCAGCGCACCGAGGAGGACUUGAACUUUGAAGACUCAGGCGAGACACGAAUCCAUAUUCUUGUCAGAGAUUUGAAGCCUCCGUUCUUGGAUUCCAAGAUCGUCUUGACCAAGCAGCUGGAAGCGAUCCAGUCGGUCAAGGACCCCACUUCCGACAUGGCUGUCUUUUCUCGCAAAGGCAGCAAACUGGUUCGGGACCGAAGGGAGCAGAAGGAGCGAAUCAAGGCUGCUCCAAAGUCUUGGGAGCUCGCUGGAACGGCGCUUGGAAAUAUCAUGGGUGUUACCAAGCGAAAGGACGAUCUACCAGAAGACACUGGGGAAGAGGAGUACAAAGGCGAAGCCAAAUUUUCGGACCAUCUCCAUGAAAAGUCGGAUGCAGUCAGCACCUUCGCCCAGUCGAAAACGAUCCGCGAGCAGCGUGAAUUUCUCCCUGCCUUUGCUGUGCGCGAAGAGCUGAUGAACGUCAUUCGCGACAAUCAAAUUGUGAUCGUUGUCGGCGAAACUGGCUCGGGAAAGACGACGCAACUGACUCAGUAUUUGCAUGAAGAGGGAUACAGCAAAUACGGUGUGAUCGGCUGCACCCAACCGCGGCGUGUGGCCGCCAUGUCUGUUGCCAAGCGAGUCAGCGAAGAAAUGGACACCAAACUCGGAGAGAAAGUUGGUUACUCGAUCCGAUUCGAAGACUGCACAUCACCCGAAACCAUCAUCAAAUAUAUGACUGACGGUGUACUCUUGCGAGAAUCUCUCACGACUCCAAACUUGGAUCAGUACAGCGCCAUUAUCAUGGAUGAGGCACACGAGCGGUCUCUCCACACUGAUGUCCUCAUGGGCCUUCUCAUCCGAAUCAUCUCCCGCCGACGAGACUUGAAACUCAUUGUCACAUCGGCAACCAUGAAUGCUGAGAAGUUUUCGACCUUCUUUGGAAACGCUCCCAUUUUCAUCAUCCCAGGCCGCACUUUCCCGGUCGACAUCAUGUUCAGUCGGACUGCCAGUGAGGAUUAUGUCGAUGCCGCUGUGAAGCAAGUUCUUGCCAUCCAUCUUUCGCGACCCCCUGGGGACAUCUUGGUUUUUAUGCCGGGUCAAGAGGACAUUGAAAUUACUUGCGAGGUUGUGGAAGAGCGCCUUGCUCAACUCGAUGAUGCACCAGCCAUGAGUGUUUUGCCGAUAUACUCUCAACUUCCUGCGGAUUUGCAGGCCAAGAUAUUUGAACGUGCAAGCAACAGCGCUAGAAAGUGCAUCGUCGCCACCAAUAUUGCAGAGACAUCCCUAACAGUCGAUGGCAUCAUGUAUGUCAUCGACCCAGGUUAUUGCAAACUGAAAGUGUAUAAUCCAAAAAUCGGGAUGGACUCGUUGCAAGUGACUCCGAUCAGCCAGGCGAAUGCAGGCCAACGUUCGGGACGUGCCGGGCGUACAGGAGCCGGUACUUGCUUCCGAUUGUAUACCGAGUCAGCUUUCAACCAUGAACUGUUCCCAAACAAUAUCCCUGAGAUACAGCGGACCAACUUGGCCAAUGUCGUGCUGCUUCUCAAAUCACUAGGGAUCAAGAGUCUCUUGGAUUUCGAGUUCAUGGAUCCGCCUCCCCAGGACAACAUCCUAAACUCAAUGUAUCAGCUAUGGGUGCUUGGUGCCUUGGACAAUACCGGUGAAUUGACCUCAGUUGGGAGCAAGAUGGUGUCAUUCCCACUGGAGCCGUCCCUGGCGAAAAUGCUGAUCGCCUCCGAGGAUCUCCAUUGUUCCGAGGAAGUUCUGACAAUUGUGUCGAUGCUCUCUGUACCAACGGUGUUUUACCGCCCCAAGGAGCGCGCAGAAGAGAGCGACGCGGCACGAGAAAAGUUUUUUGUCGGAGAAAGCGACCAUUUGACUCUGCUCUACAUUUAUCUUCAAUGGAAGGCGAACGGUUAUCGGGAUGACUGGUGCACGGAGCACUUCUUGCACUCAAAAGCCAUGCGCAAGGCCCGGGAGGUUCGCACGCAACUGGCCGAUAUCAUGAAAUCUGAAAAGAUGGCAAAUCUUUCCUGUGGUAUGGAGUGGGACGUAAUCAGAAAAUGCAUUUGCUCCGCGUACUUUCAUCAAUCUGCCAAAUUGAAGGGUAUCGGCGAAUAUGUCAAUAUGCGGACAGGCAUGCCAUGCCAUCUGCAUCCAACAAGUGCACUCUAUGGGCGCGGCCAUACAUCCGACUAUAUUGUCUACCACGAACUUGUAAUGACAUCCAAGGAGUAUAUGCAAUGCGUAACCGCUGUGGAAGCAGAAUGGCUGGCAGAACUCGGUCCCAUGUUCUUCAGCAUCAAAGAACAGCACUUUAGCCAGCGUGAGAAGCGACAUCAGGAUCGUGUGGAAAUGUCUCAUAUGGAAGAGGAGUUACGGCUUGCAACCGAGAGAAAGCGCGCUGAGGACUCUGUCACAGAAGCGACCCCGGUCUCGAGAUCCCGGAUACUGACCCCCGGCAGAGGUCAGCGCGGGCGACGGGAGCCAGGAACUCCUCUGCAGCGAAGUCGUCUUGGGCUCUGAGCAUUGAGGUUUUGUGGAAGGGAAUAAACCCAAGUGAAUUGUCACAUCUAUGAAAAAUAUGCUGAUAUCCAGAGAGGCCACCUUGGACAGGAAACCUGUGAUGAGUGACUCAGCGAAAGAUCCCAGAUUUUAGGACACAACACAGUAACAAAGUUGCCGUUUGGAAGACGCUCCUCAGCCGAUCAGGGCGAUUUUUGUAAUACAAGCGAUCCGUCGCGACCGAUUCACAUGGAAAGAUUGUCACUUGUGUCUCGAGAGAGGUUG